AGAUCCUGCAACAAAAAGCCUUGUCAGAGGUUAAGGCAACAUACCUGGAAGAGGAGGAUAGGCAACUUUUUGAGAACUUGCUACGUAGCAGGAUCGACCAUUUCAACGUGUCCGAGUUCGAGGAUGUUCGGAAGAGCACACUGGAUGCCAAGAUGCAACAACUUCAAGAACAAAAUUAUCAGUUAAAACAGCAUCGGAAAAAGAUGAAGAAAAAGCGUGAGGAUGCCAAAGAGCAUACUGAAAAGCAGGAAGAGGAGAUAAAGAAACGGAUCGAAAAGAUGAGGGCACAGUUUGAGGAGAUGAAAGAGGACCAAAAGAAGAAAGAGAGCCAGCCUCCAAAGGUCGACAAGCAGAAACUAGCAGACGACCUCAUUUCUGACGGUCCGUUCUUCUCGAAGACUCUUGGAACUUUUAUGGCCUUAUAUAAGAAGACCGAACCUGAUGCUUCCAGAAACCCGUGAAGCUGGUGAACGAAUCGCUUAUCUUAAGGGUGGUAAAGCUUAAGGGUGGUACUAUGGCACACUUAGGGUCUGACUUUUUCGGGUUUAAUGCGUUUCACGGCUUCUAGGGGGAGAUCGGGCGCUAUUGAUACAACCGGGUGUUAUCCGGCUUCUUUCUUUUCUUCUUUUUCUUUUUGUUCAGCACGCGGUCCGCCGUUAAAGGUGCCAACAUGCCUUCCUGGAGUCAUUCACUAACAGCUGUUGUUGCAACGUUAAAUACCAUAUUAUUGCACUCAAAUAGUAAUUCAUCAGACGCGAGUAUAGGCCGAAACUUAACAGCGUGCAUGAUACCUAAUACAAUGUAGUACGUGAUUGUGAUUAGGGAAGAAAUCAGAUUUAGCCCGAACAGAUCCGAAACUGAUUUUUGAGAUAAUCGGAAAGAAUCGGGUUCAACACGAAAAAUUCAGGCCUUAAUUAUCUUCCACACUGAAAAAAAAGAAGAAAGAGCGCCCAUCUGCCGUAUCGGGUGCUCAUGCAGUGACUGAUUGCAAAUAAAGUCGGCACAGAGUUCA